UGUUCCGUCGACUCUGCCGCUUAAAUACAAAAUAAAUAUAUCUCAGUACCAGUUUGCUCUUCGUGCGUAGCAUUUCGAAUAUUUUUACCACGGUAUUCAACGACGACGACAACAACAGCAACAACAACAACAACAGCAGUAACAAAUUGUCUUUUUUCGUGUUCGAUAGAAAAAAGUGGCCAAGAAUUUGUUUAUGUGUAUUGUUGCGCGUGCAAGUGUGUGUGAGUGUAAAUUAUUAUUUGCAAAGCGAUUUGUGGUGUGAAAAGUGAAAACAAGUGGGAAAAGCGCCGCAAAGUAUUCAACGCUUCCAGUGGAUUGGAUUAUCAACUGAAUAUCAAGGCAGAGCUAACUCCUCGCCAGGCAACAACUGCGGUCAGCUGCAAGUAGAACAAGGCACAGUUCACCUUCAAUUUUCUAAUCGAUUGCAACUCGGCAAACUGAGUGCGUAGCGAUGCCAGCGGAAACUAAAGCAUCCGCGCCAGCGGAACCGGAAACGCCGACCAAGAGCAAAGGGAAGAGCUCAUUGACCUUCUCAAAGGCCGCAUUGGCACGCGUCACACUGCUCGAUGGCUCCAUACUGGACGUAACGAUUGAUCGCAAAGCCAAAGGCCGUGACCUGGUGAACUCCAUUUGCGCCGGUCUAAACAUCAUUGAGAAGGAUUACUUUGGCCUGACCUAUGAGACGCCCACCGAUCCGCGUGUUUGGCUGGAUUUGGAGAAGCCCGUCGCGAAAUUCUUUCGUACGGAUCCCUGGCCACUGGCAUUCGCCGUCAAGUUCUAUCCACCGGAGCCAUCGCAGCUCCAGGAGGACAUCACGCGCUACCAUCUGUGCCUGCAAGUGCGCAAUGACAUCCUGGAGGGCCGUCUGCCCUGCACCUUUGUCACGCACGCCCUGCUCGGCUCGUACCUGGUGCAGUCCGAGAUGGGCGACUAUGAUCCCAAGGAAAUGCCAACCCGUGCCUAUCUGAAGGACUUCAAAAUCGCACCCAAUCAGACAGCAGAGCUCGAGGACAAGGUCAUGGAUCUGCACAAGACCCACAAAGGUCAAUCGCCCGCUGAGGCUGAGCUCCACUACUUAGAGAAUGCCAAGAAGCUGGCCAUGUACGGCGUGGACUUGCAUCCUGCCAAGGACUCCGAGGGCGUGGACAUUAUGCUGGGUGUGUGUGCGUCCGGUUUGUUGGUUUAUCGCGAUAAGCUGCGCAUAAACCGUUUCGCUUGGCCAAAGAUCUUGAAGAUCUCGUACAAGCGUCACCAUUUCUACAUCAAGAUACGACCGGGCGAAUUCGAGCAAUACGAAUCCACCAUCGGUUUUAAGCUUGCUAACCAUCGGGCCGCCAAGAAGCUGUGGAAGUCCUGUGUGGAGCACCACACCUUCUUCCGCCUGAUGACGCCAGAGCCCAACACACGGUCCACUCUAUUCCCACGCUUUGGCUCCAAGUACCGCUUCUCGGGUCGCACCCACUACGAGAGCAAGGCCACGCCUGUCGACCGUACGGCGCCCAAGUUCGAUCGGGCACUAUCCGGCGCACGGCUCUCAUCUCGUAGCAUGGAUGCCUUGGCCAUGGCUGAGAAGGAGAAGGUGGCCCGCAAGAGCAACACCUUGGACCAUCGUGGCGAUCGCAGCCAGGACACAGAACCGCUAAGCCGCAGUCCCAUCAAGAACAAGAAGGACAAGUUAAUACGCGAAUCGAGCACCGGUACAGCCUCAGCCUCCUCGCAGAGCUCACUCGAGGGAGACUAUGAGACCAACAUCGCUGCCGAAGCGGCGUCCGCUCUCGGCGAUUUUCCGUCUCUCGCUCAGGAUGAAGAAAAGGAGGCAAAGUUACGCGAGAAGAAGCUGAGAGAGAAGGAGGAGAAGGAGCGCAAAGAGCGCGAGAAACGCGAACAAAAGGAAAGAGAGAAGGCCGAGAAGGCGGCUAAGGCAGCUGCCGCCGCUGCUGCAGCUGGCAUUAACGGUGAUGAUCCUAAUGAAUCAAAGAAGUCCGAUACAUCUGGCAGACGUGGUAUUGGUAUAUUCUCGUCGGGUCGCAAGAGCAAGAGCGGUUCACCGUCCAAGGAUGGCAAGGAUAAGUCCGGCAAGGACAAGGAUAAGGAAGUGGGUCGCCUCGGUUUGGUCGUUACCUCGGGUCUGAUCGAGCAGGAACAAGGCGAUGCCAAUAAGGAUGCGGACAAAAAACGUGGCUCUACCACACCCGGCGUCACCCGGCCGUACGAGUACGCCGUCGAUGCCGAGGGCAAUGCCAGUAGCCCGACGCGUAAGUCCUACACGCCUGGCGGCUUCCGCUACGACCAGGACCCGAAUAGCGGCAAGCAGCUAGGUCCCGAUGGUCAGGAACAGCUGUCGCCGACGUCGCAGCAGAAGAAGAUCGGUCUGGCCUUCAACUAUGCGCCAGGCAAUGAGAGUGCUCUGAAGGAGACUGCCGAGAAGAUCAAGUCGGGUCAACUGUCCCCUCGCACGCAAGAUAAGCUGAAUCGGGGACAGCUCUCGCCCAAGUCCAGAGCGAAAUUGCUGCAAGACGGCAGCCUCUCGCCCACCACUCGGGCCAAGCUGCAAGGCAGCGCUGUGGAUGCCGCUGCAGUGCCACUGAGCGAUGGCCAGAAGCGCUCCUACUCACCCACCAAGGGUCAGCAGGGCCAGCAAGGCUAUGCAUCGGGUGCUCCCGGCAGCUAUAAGCCGAUCAUUGAUCCCACUGCCGAGUUCCUCGAAUCACAGCGCUAUAAUAAGGAGCCCGGAUAUGUGGGCGUGGCAGCUGGUGCUAAGCCUGGCUCGCCCAAGAAAGCUGCAGCUGGAGCUGGGCCAGGAUCUCGCGCUAGUGCUGGUCCUGGUGCAGCGGCUGCAGCUGCUGCGGCUAAGCCCAAGAAGAAGCGCGUUAAGAUUAUGGUUAUUACCUCCAAAUUCGAUCCGAAUACCAAGCGCAUCGAUGCCGAGAAUGGCACAAUUGAGCACUCGACGGGCAUCCUUGAUCCAGCCACGGGCCGCAUUGAUACUAAGUACGGCGUAAUUGAUCCCCAGAAUGGAACUCUGGAGGCUCUGAAUACACAGACAGGCAAAAAGGAGUUGUUCAAGGGCGAUGUGGAUCCAAAGACGGGCAAUUUGCAUUUGAUUAGCGGUGUCUCAGAUCCAAAGACAGGACGCAUCGAUAACUCGUUGGGUCAGAUUGUUUGCAUAACGCCACAGGAUAAUCCUGUCGUUGAGCUGACGGUCAUCACGAGUCGCAUUGAUCCCGCAACGGGCAAGAUCGAUACCGUUAAUGGAGAGGUCGAGCGCUCGCUGGGUGUCUUGAACUUGAGCACUGGCUUGCUGGAUACGAAAUACGGUGAGAUUGACACACGCAAGGGUGAGCUCAAGGCCUACGAUCCCAAACAUGGCAAAAUUGUGGUCACCAAGAAUGUCAAGGUUGAUCCUGGCACUGGCCAAAUCACCAUCUUGGGCGUCAUUGAUCCGAAAACGAACAAGAUUGAUCCUAACCAGGGUCGCAUCAUUGAGGUUGGCCAGCAAAUUGAUCCAAUUGUUGAGGUUACUUCUCUGGCUGGCAAGUUCGAUUCGAAGAAGAACAUUAUCGAUCCCAAGACAGCUCAAGUGGAGACAUCUGGCGGACAGUUCGAUCCCAAGGCGGGCAAAAUCGACACCAAGUAUGGCCAAAUCGAUUUGGUUAAGCACACAAUCACCUUUACCGAUCCCAAGUCGGGCAAAUCGGUGACAAGGGACAUUAAGAUCGAGCCAAGCACCGGACAGAUCGUGCUGAAGAACCAAGUCAACCCCAAGAACAACAAACCCGACAAGGAUUAUGCCCGCAUCAUUUCACUACGCAUUGUCCAACAGCGCGUGGAUCCAGUUACAAAAGCGCCCAUCACAGAGGUCAGCGCCGCCAAGGACAAGGACAUUGUCGUUGAUCCCAAAUCGAACCAGAUCUGGGUGCCGACCGGAGCCAAUGAUCCCAGCACUAAGGAACUGCAAUAUAUUUCCAGCAGCGUGGAUCCCAAGACGGGCUACGUCAUCACCAUCUAUGGCUACCUCGAUCCCAAGACCCAUGAGAUCAAGAAACAGACCAAACUCGACCCCAACACCAUCAAAAUCGAGCCGACUUCCGGCAAGAUCUACACCGCCACAGGUGAAACGGAUAAGGCAACCGGUGAACCGCUUUACGCUGCCACUCAGGUGGAUCCGGAGUCCGGUGAGGUCUAUACCAAGCUGGCUCGCGUUGAUCCCAAGACUGGCAAAAUUGUUAUUGUACGCAUUUUGCUGAUGACCAAGACAGACGAGCGUGGCCGGCCCGAGGAAGUUGAUCCAGAGAAUUGUGAAAUCGAUCCGGUUUCCGGUCGUGUUCUUAAGUUCUUCAACAAAACCGUUUAUGUUUAUAAUAUGAUUGAUCCGAUAACUGGUGAAACUGUGCAGGUCGAUCCCAAUGAUCCACGCUUCGCGGGCGCCCGCACCACUGUGACCCACACGAUGACGCUGACUGGUGAAAUAGAUCCGGUGACGGGACGCAUUAAGAGCGAGUACGGCGACAUUGAUCCCAAUACGGGCGACAUAGAUCCGGCUACGGCUGUCACCGAUCCCGUUACCGGCAAGCUGAUACUCAACUACUCCCAGAUCAAUCCCGCACACUUCGGCAAACAGGCCCAGGUGCAGACCACCACAGAGACGGUGCCGAUCACACGCCAGCAGUUCUUCGACGGGGUCAAGCACAUUGGCAAGAGCGCGCUGCGUCGCGACUCCGAGGCCAGCUCCGACGACGACAUGACCCAGCAGUACGGCACAGAUAAUGUCCAGGACAUUGUGCUGACCUCAGCGAACCAAGCGGGCGCCGGCGGCAAGCUGGGCAAGCAAGUGAGCACGCCCACGGUGGUAAAGACGACAACGAAACAGGUGCUGACCAAGAACGACGACGGUGUCACCCACAACGUGGAGGAGGAGGUGCGCAAUCUGGGCACCGGCGAGGUGACCUACUCGACGCAGGAACACAAGGCUGAUGCAACACCUACCGAUCUGAGUGGCGCCUACGUCACGGCCACCGCAGUCACCACCCGCACAGCAACCACGCACGAGGAUCUGGGCAAGAACGCCAAGACGGAACAGCUCGAGGAGAAGACCGUAGCCACCACCCGCACCCUAGACCCCAACAAUCAGCAGCAGCGCGUCGUCACCCAGGAGGUGAAGACGACGGCAACGGUAACGAGUGGCGAUCAGUACCAGAGACGCGACAGUGUGUCAUCGACCAGCUCUGGCGACUCCGGCACACCCAUCGAUGGGCCAUACGAUGGCUCCAGCGUGGUGCGCACUGACACUCAGAAAUCUCCGCUAUAUACAAGCUCUGCAACCGGAUCCACUGGCCCGCACGUCGAAAGCACCCGAGUGGUGCUCGGCGAGGAUUCGCCCGGCUAUUCAGGACAUGGCGAGAUCAUCUCCACGCAAACCGUGAGCAGUAAAACCCGCACCGUCGAAACGAUUACCUACAAAACCGAACGCGAUGGCAUUGUUGAGACCCGUGUGGAGCAGAAGAUAACCAUUCAAUCCGAUGGCGAUCCAAUCGAUCAUGACAAAGCCUUGGCUGAGGCAAUACAAGAGGCGACGGCCAUGAAUCCAGACAUGACAGUCGAGAAGAUUGAAAUUCAACAGCAAACGCAGUAGAUUUUAUAAUUACUUUUAAACAAUUACGAUGUAAAACCCGCACAGCUUCACACACACACACACAUAUAUACCCACGCACACCACCACCAACAACAAUAACAACCACAUAAACAAUCAAAAUAUCAAAAUACACACAGCACAUCCAGUACACCUUUUAUACAACCUACCUACACACAUACAUAUACAACUAAGUUUAUAGAAACGGAAUUCAAUAUUUUCUAUAUAU